AAUUGACGGUUCUAAAUUAACUGGGACCAUUUAUAUAAUCAUAAAAUCAAUUGACGUGAGUUGAUUCCAGUUAAAACCAAGUGAACACAAAAUCAUUCUCGUCAGUUCAUCGUGACAUCGUCUGCUUCCUGGUAGUUGUAUAAAGUUGAUAGUUUUCUCAGAAUACUGGCAAAGCCCACCUAUAAUUUUAAGAAUUUUCGAUAACUCCACCAUCAGAUCAGACAUUGUACGUCAGAAUGGUUCCUGACACGCCAACUAUUUCAUGUAACUCCACUCAAACACAACACACAAUACAAAUGAAGCGUCGAUUAGAAUGCAUCCCGAUUUUACAUGUGCGAGGGACUCACUACAAUAUUGGGAGAGCAAUUGGACAAACAUUCAAAUCUAUGAUUCAAGAAAUGCUCGAUUCAUGGCCUUACUUUAACGAUCACAUCAUGAAGUGUUUCCUGCAAGAGGAUGGCAAACGCAUCUACGAAAAUUCUCUGAAACUCUGUAAGGCAAAAUUUCCUGAUUUGGUUGACGAAAUUAGGGGUAUGGCUGAUGGUUGUAAUCUUCCUUUUGAGAAGCUGUUUCUUCUUAACAUUGACUCCAUGAUUACUGACAAGGACGAGAGUGUUGUCCCCAUGCGUGGCGCUACCGGAUGCACCAGCAUAAUUUGCAACAAGGAAGAAGUGUUGCUUGGUCAUACAGAAGAUGCCAUGUGCGAAAUAUUAAAUAAUUGCUACAUUAUAUCCGCCGAAAUCAUGGAUUCAAGUGGCCGUCUUAUUGAAAAAUUUACAACUUUCUCAUACGCUGCACAUUUGAUGGGCUAUACGAUGGGGUUUAACGAGCAUGGGAUGGUCUAUUCUGUCAACACGCUAUUUCCGUCUAUUCAUAAGAAUGGCACCCCCAGAGCAUUUAUUGCUCGAGCAAUUCUUGGAGCUAAGAGCUUUGAUUCCUUGUUGGACAUUCUGAAAGACUGUGGACACGGUAUUUCGGAUGGAAUGAGUCUAAACGUUCAUUUUGCAAAGGAUGAAGAACCACGAAGAAUGUUUUACAAUAUUGAAGUCAUGCCACCGUCACCGUCAUCAUCUGAAGAAAUACCAGAGUCACUAUUGUCAAUCUUAACUGUCAAUUCUGGAGAAUCGUCGGUUCACUGCAACAAAUAUUUGCGGUUCAAUGCCAAAGAACAGUCAUUGCCAGUUGCUGUAAGCACUAAUCGGCAACUAACCCUCGAAAGACAUCCAGAGCCGUCUGGGUUAUCAGACAUAAAAUUUAUGCUAAGUGACCAAAGCGACAAGAAUUUUCCAGUGUACAUUUGUGAUGAAAUGCAUACCAAGCUAUCUCAUAUCAAAACUGUUGCAGUUGGCGUCUUUGACAUGAUGGGAAAAACCUGGUCAAUAUAUCUUGGAAAACCAACAGAAUCUGAACCAGUAGCUGUAUUACCUUUGAAUUUCUAACCCAAGUAUUUUCAUUUAAAGUUUUCAUACUCAUUUAUGUAUUUAAGGUCAACGCCAAUUGCACAAUUUAAGCUUUUUAUAGUAUGUAAUUUUACAAGAAAUGAUUACGAAGUCAAGAAAUAAAUCCCUGCUACUCAAAAUCAUA